AUGGAUCCCAACCAGCGGCAGGCUCUUGAGGUCUUCUACGAGACGACACUCAGCGCCGGCCUAGACGAGAAGCGGAUUAUGAGGUCCAACAUCGGGGUCUUCAUGGGAGGCCCAGGAGGAAUUCCCGAGUUUGCCGCCUUGCCGAAGGACGACAGCGGCGGCGCCUUGGGCUCGACGAACAACUCGCCGGCCAUCAUGGCUAACCGUAUCUCCUUCUGCAUGGGCAUCCACGGCCCAAACUUCUUCAUCGAUCUCGAAGGCGCCGCGUCGCUUAUCGCCUUCAACCUUGCGGUGGACUCCAUCCAGCCGGACAAGGCUCAGUGUGUUGGCUCCGUGGCGCUGGGCGUGGACUGCAACGUUCACCCGCAGGGGCUCUUGCAGCUGAGCUGGGCGAACGUUUUGUCCAAGAAGGGGCGCUGCCUGAGCUUCGACACCUAUGCCGAUGGAUACAUCCGAGGCGAAGGCUUCACGGGCCUCUACGUGAACCCUCUGAAGAAGGAGGUGGAUGGCAAGAGGGUCAUCGACGAGGAUCCUCCGAUUAUCGGGCUGGCAAGCGGUGGCUACAUCAACAACAACGGUCGCUCCGCAUCCCUGUCCGCCCCUAGCGGCGCCAUGUAUCAGGAGCUCGUGGCGAACUCCGUUCGCUCUGCUGACGUUUCACCACUCGAUGUGGAGGCGGUAGAGUGUAAUGCCGCGGGACACGUGCUGUCCGACGCAGUGGAGGCCACAGCGCUCGUCCGCGCCUACCGAUCUCUAGCUACAACCGAGGACAACGACGAGGAAGAAGUGCUUGGGCUGCUCUCGGGCAAGAGCAACUAUGGACACAUGCGACCUGCUGCCGGCGUGGCAGCCCUUCUGCGAGUGAUUGUGGGCCAGGCCAUGGGCUGCAUGCCGCCCUCUUUGCAUCUGCACAAGCUCAACCCGCACAUCAUUGCCGAU